AUGAAAGGAGUGAACAAUUUCCUUGUAGCUCUUGCCCUCUUGGCCUUAGCUUCCACAUUAGCCUCAGCCUCAGACCCUAGCUCUCUCCAGGACUUCUGCAUAGCCCUCAAUGGCACCAAGCAUGCAGUGUUUGUAAAUGGGAAGUUCUGCAAGGACCCAAAGCUUGCCACCGCAGAUGACUUCUUCUUUUCAGGGCUUGACAAAGCAGGAAACAUAUCAAAUGCAGUGGGAUCAGGAGUCACUCCUGUCAAUGUUGACCAAAUACCAGGACUUAACACUCUUGGCAUAUCCCUGGUUCGAAUUGACUAUGCACCUUAUGGUGGCCUAAACCCUCCUCACACUCACCCUCGCGCCACAGAGAUCCUAGUUGUGACAAAGGGUACACUUUAUGUCGGUUUUGUUACAUCCAACCCAGAUAAUCGCUUCUUCACCAAAGUCCUGAAGCCAGGAGAUGUGUUUGUUUUCCCCGUUGGUCUCAUUCACUUCCAGUUCAAUAUAGGGGAAACUAAUGCCAUUGCCUUUGCUGGUCUCAGCAGCCAAAAUCCUGGUGUUAUCACUAUAGCAAAUGCAGUUUUUGGCUCUAACCCACCUGUCAAUCCUGAUGUUCUUGCUAAGGCCUUCAAACUGGACAAGAAAAUGGUGGAAUAUCUUCAGACCCAGUUCUGA